CAAGCUUCGGUCGCUAAGUACAAGGAAAAUCCCUUUCAUAAAGUCCCGACGUUGUAUUUAAAACAGACGUAAGCAGGGAAGAUGUCAGUAUUCGUCAACAUGUCGAUUAAACUAGCUGUGCUACUCUUUGCAAUCAUUUUUCAAAAAUCGUGCCAGUCGUAUUUGAUACCUAAACCCGAAAUAACCGUGUACUCCCCGAAGGGAUUCAGUGUCAGUAUACCUCACACGCAUGGAAUAAGUUCGGUGACAUUUCAAGGCAACAUUAACCGCGAACUGAGAAAUUUCAACGACAUAGAUCUUUUAUCUAACGUUACAAAGGUGGAAAAUGGUAAAUGGAUUAUUCGAGACUUUAACAGUAGAUUGCAGUCGGGUGAUCUUAUUUCCUAUCGGCUGCUUGUCGUGAAGAAAUGUUUGAGGUACUGGUUCCAAGGAGAACGCUUUCUUGUUAAAGAAGUUGUAAACCUGCUCCCAUCUGCACCUCCGAUACCGGUCGAAAAGGAUCACGAAGCUUGCAUGCGGAGCAUUCACGAUUUGACUCAAACCACAAUACAACAGAAAGCGCUAAUAGAAAAAUUGGAGUCGAAGAUUCAACACUUGAGCAAUUAUGUAAAUAGUCAAAAUGGGAGAAGCCUAAUUUUAACAGGGAGAAUAACAAAAGAAGGCUAUCCAUCAGACACUGUGACUUUCGUUUUAAACGAGUUACUAAAUUUGGACACGAAGGUGUUGUCCGCCCAUAGGAACACAGACGGAAGUAUUACAUUUGAAGUUCCCACAAGCGAGGACAAAAGUGAUAUUCUUGAAGCUCUCAAGAAAUCGAGGUCUACAAGAAUCUCCAUCAAGGAGGUAUAAAUAGGUUGGAGGGUUUUAUUUAUUUAUUUAUUUAUUGUAUUACCACGUAAGAGACAUGCUGUGAUAUUAAAUACGUAAUUAGAAU